UCUGGUUGAAAAUGCGUAUGUAAAGAAAUCAAACGAUGAGAAAGCCAUCAUUAUCAACAAGGGGAGUGAUGGUUUUGGAUUUACAGUAUUUGAAAGCAUACAAGGUCAACGAGUGAAAAAAAUAUUGUAUCCUGAAAGAUGCGAGAAUUUACUGGAAGGUGACACACUCUUGGAAAUGCGAACUACUUAUCCGCAUGGAAGUCCGAGCUGUCCAGUGGGAGAGGAGCGCGUCACGAAUUUUCGUGGACUUCCGCAUCAUGAACUAGUUUCUAUUCUGAGGGAGUGUCCAGUUGGAUUUUGGGCCAAAUUAAUUGUGAGGAGAAAUUCACCAAAGCACAGGUUAGCUUCAUUUUUUAUACAUUUUUUGCGAAUAUGGCGGCACACACUGUGUGCUUGUGUCUGUCUGUCUGCUCUGCAUAUCAAUUCUAAGAUCGCACAAGUUAAAAAGGUGGAUUUUUAG